AUGCACCGCACAUACUCUAUGCGCCAGUCGCGCGCACCCACUGCCUCGCAGAUCCAGAACCCUCCUCCUCCAUCAUCCUCCACCAAGGCUGGUAGAUUCUUUGGCAAGAGCAACAUCGAAGCUUUCACAGCUGGUGAAGAUGGAGAAGAACGUCAUGCGCUCCAUGGAGCUCGUUGGCAGAGAGAGAAUGGAGGUCGCACUUGUGACGACGACGUCUCGGAUGUCACCGACAAACUUGGUGUCUUGAUCUACGAGAUUGGUGAGCUCGAGGACCAGUUCGUCGACAAGUACGACCAGUACCGUGUGACCAUCAAGAGCAUCCGUAACAUCGAGGCUUCCGUCCAGCCUAGCAGAGACCGCAAGCAGAAGAUCACUGAUCAGAUUGCCCAGCUCAAGUACAAGGAGCCCAACAGCCCCAAGAUUGUUGUCCUUGAGCAGGAGCUCGUUAGAGCCGAGGCCGAGUCAUUGGUCGCCGAGGCCCAGCUCUCCAACAUCACCCGCGAGAAGCUGAAGGCUGCCUUCACCUACCAGUUCGAUGCUCUCCGUGAGCACUCGGAGAAGAUGGCCAUCAUCGCUGGCUACGGUAAGCACCUUUUGGAGCUCAUCGACGACACUCCCGUCACCCCCGGCGAGACCAGAAACGCAUACGACGGCUACGAGGCUAGCAAGGCUUCUUCCCUCUCCACCCGCACCCGCACUCUUUCUCAGCGCCGCCGCAACCGUCACCAGGGUGAGGCCGUCGACCUUGCCGGUCAGGAUGCCCCUAUGGAGCAAUCUCGUGACAGCAACCUCUGGAUUCCCGCCAGCCAGCACCACAACGCUGACCGCUACGAGGACGACGAUGAGGAGGAGGACGCUAGCGUCGUCAACGACUCUGUCCGUGGUCGUGAAGAGGAGAGAGUCGCUGCCUAA